ACGAGUGUUACUGAUGACUUUGAAAAGGAAAAAGUGGAAUUGGGAAAACCCUUGCUGAACUGGGGCAAUCCCAGAAUUGCUACUCAUUUUCUGAGCAGCUGCUGGUAUGUCAGAGGCUUGGAAUUGGCAUGGUAAAUCUAAAACUGUCUCAGCACUGGUGAGCUGACCUCAUCCAAGUUCCAAUUCCUACUCUGCCUGAUCCCUUUUUCCUGAGCCUCAGAGCUAAAAUGUUCCUGUGCUCUCCUUUCCUAUUGGUUGGUGAGACAGAUUGAAGUUCCCUUGCCCAUGUUAGGAGGUGUACGCCUCCUGAGCUAAAGAUAGAAACAGCUGGCCCUUCCAGGCAGCUAAAAGCCUCCAGACUAAGAGGUGUUCCCCCACUCGGCGGCUAGACUCCUUGACAUAUCCUUUCAAUACCAACGCCUCCAUGUCUCUAUUUUGCCAUAACAAAGGCUGUGGGCAGCAUUUUGACCCUAAUACCAACUUUCCUGAUUCCUGUUGCCAUCACCCUGGAGUCCCAAUCUUCCAUGAUGCACUAAAGGGUUGGUCCUGCUGCCGGAAGCGAACUGUAGAUUUUUCUGAGUUCUUAAAUAUCAAGGGCUGUACUGUGGGACCACACUCUGCUGAGAAACUCCCAGAGGGCCCGCAACUGGAUGGCCCUGCCACAAGCAGUUCACUUCAAGAGCAAAAACCUCUGAAUAUGUUUCCAAAGUCAGCAGAGACCUUGCGCCAGGAGAGGCCCAAGUCAGAAUUACCUCCAAAACUGCUGCCACUAAAUAUAUCCCAAGCCCUGGAAAUGGCAUUGGAACAGAAGGAACUAGACCAGGAACCUGGAGCAGGACUUGAUAGUAUGAUUCGGACUAGGUCCAGUUGCCAGAACCCAGGAUGUGAUGCUGUUUACCAAGGCCUUGAGAGUGAUGCUACUCCUUGUACCUACCACCCAGGAGCUCCUCGAUUCCAUGAGGGGAUGAAAUCUUGGAGCUGUUGUGGCAUCCAAACCCUGGAUUUUGGGGCAUUCUUGACGCAACCAGGAUGCAGAGUUGGUAGACAUGACUGGGGGAAGCAGCUGCCAGCUUCUUGCCGUCAAGAUUGGCACCAGACAGACUCCUUAGUUGUGGUAACUGUGUAUGGCCAGAUUCCACUUCCCGCAUUCAACUGGGUGAAAGCCAGUCAAACUGAGCUUCAUGUCCACAUUGUCUUUGAUGGUAACCGUGUAUUUCAAGCACAGAUGAAGCUGUGGGGGGUCAUAAACGUGGAGCAGAGCUCUGUCUCCCUGAUGCCAUCUCGGGUUGAAAUCUCCCUGGUCAAGGCUGACCCAGGGUCCUGGGCCCAGCUGGAGCACCCCAGUGCAGUAGCUGAUAAGGCAGGGGUUGGGUUAGAUGAGGUAGAAUCAGAUGAUUCAGACGAUGAUCUGAGCUGGACAGAGGAGGAGGAAGAGGGGGAGGCAAUGGGGGAAUAGUGCAACAGUUAGCUAGGUGUCCAGCUAGGAUCUCACUGACUCAUUUAAAAUCCCAGAGACCAGGAUGUGGUUUGAAACGGGGUGUCCUGGAGGUUAAAGCGAGGGGAGAACAAAGGUGUUCCAAUCGUGCUAUUCUUUCCCUUAAAUAAACCUUGUAUUCUACAGUU